CCAAGAAAAAAGUAGUAAAAUUCAGGCAAAAGUGUCACUAUCUCCAGUCUCCACCACCAGAGACAUAAGACUGCCCAUGAGUGUCAAUGAGCCUCUGCCCCUCCCUUUGUUUGGCAUCUACCUUGGCCUGGCGAAAUCUCCUUGCCUUCUCUGACUGCUGCUUCUGCUUUUACAGUCCUCGAAUGGCUUCAUUUCGUUACCAACGGGCAAGUUGUGGUUGUCUAAAUACUUCCACACAGCAGAUGCUCCACAGUUGAAUUCUGCGACUCCCACAGACACAUAAUUUUUAAAGCGUGUGGGCGCUUUCGUUUGCAUUUUAUGUUAUCUGCAGGAUGCAGCGCCCCAACAGCUUGUCGGUCUACAUUCGCUCGAAAGUUGGUCGGAUGCUGUCCACGACAAUCUUGCAGAGAGGAGUCCCCACAUUCUCCUCAUGGCUGCCUGGUGGUAGGCCUUUUGUGUUUUCCUUCUGCCAAAAACCCCACGAGUCAUCUCCCUUUGGACAGUUGUCGUGUUUGGGAUCGCCGUCGGUUGACGUUGUGGUCAACGAUCGCAGUCACUGCUUCUUUCAUGGCAGGCACUGUGGUGUUGCUGCUGAUGGCCUUGGUGUAGUACUUUUGGAGGAUUGUGAUAACUUUAAGUCGGAGUUUGCCAUGGCCUUUCCCUCCCAGAGUGACC